UACUAGGUGGUGAAGGGUUUGAAGAAAAAUGACACCCAUUGUCUCAACCGCCAAACAAUGCCUGUGGAUCUCGACCCAGGACGAUCCUCCAUGAAAUGCACGCAUGUAGAAGAGGCUAGACCUUCGUUCAUAUGGGCAGGCCAGGGCAUAAAGAUGGAAGUGUUAUUCCGUGGAUGAGAUAUGUACAGAGGGCACAGGAGUCCGUCGGGAUGGGAAAUGCAUGUGCAACUUUUCCAGAUAGUAGUUGAAAAGCUUGUCAAAGCAACAUGAGCUGGAGCUUUCUCACUCGCCUCCUGGAAGAGAUCCACAACCACUCAACCUUUGUGGGGAAGGUGUGGCUGACCGUGCUCAUCAUCUUCCGCAUUGUGCUAACGGCGGUGGGAGGUGAGUCCAUCUACUCGGACGAACAGACCAAGUUCACCUGCAACACCAAGCAGCCGGGUUGUGACAACGUGUGCUACGAUGCCUUCGCCCCCCUCUCGCACGUUCGCUUCUGGGUCUUCCAGAUCAUCAUGAUAUCCACUCCUUCCAUCAUGUACAUGGGCUACGCCAUCCACAAGAUCGCCCGCACGUCGGAGGAGGAUCGGCGGAAGCACCAAAGGACCCGCAAGAAGCCCCCUCCUCACUCGAGAUGGAGAGAAAGCCAACAUCUGGAGGACGUCUUACAGGAGGAGGAAGAUGACGACGCUGAGCCUAUGAUCUACGAGGAAACGCUGGAAGUGCAGGAGGCCAAGCCUGAACCAGUAAGCAGCAAAGAGGCCAGGAAACACGACGGCCGCCGGAAAAUAAUGGAAGAAGGAUUGAUGAGAAUCUACGUCCUCCAGCUCAUGUCGCGAGCUAUUUUUGAAAUAGCUUUCCUUGCAGGACAAUAUCUCCUCUAUGGUUUUCGAGUUAGUCCUUCAUAUGUAUGCAACAGGGUUCCCUGUCCACACAGGGUGGACUGUUUCAUCUCAAGGCCCACAGAGAAAACCAUUUUUCUCCUCAUCAUGUAUGUAGUAAGCUGUCUUUGUCUAGUGCUCAACGUAUGCGAGAUGCUUCAUUUAGGCAUCGGUACCUUCCGGGACACCCUGCGCACGAAGAGGAACCGGGGCCUACGGGCGUCCGGCGGCUACACGUUCUCCCGCAACAUCCCAGCCUCUCCUCCGGGGUACAACCUUGUGAUGAAGACAGACAAACCCAGCAAGAUGCCCAACAGCCUCAUCACCCACGAGCAGAACAUGGCAAACGUGGCCCAGGAGCAGCAGUGCACCAGUCCAGAUGAGAACAUCCCCUCAGACCUGGCAAGCCUGCACCGUCACCUACGGGUCGCCCAGGAGCAGCUUGAUAUGGCCUUUCAUACAUAUCAAACCAAAAACAACCACCAAACCUCCCGGACCAGUAGUCCCGUAUCUGGGGGCACCAUGGCUGAGCAAAACCGAGUCAAUACAGUCCAGGAGAAGCAAGGAGCAAGACCAAAGUCGGCCGUGGAGAAGGCUGCAACCAUUGUGAAAAACGGAAAGACCUCAGUUUGGAUUUAGACCUGAGUCUAAUUUAGUGACUGUAAAGACUCAUUAUAAAAGUGCUGGAGGAAGUUUGAGUCUGUUAGAUGCAACCUUGGACAAAGACAUUUCAAUCACACCAGCUGAAGGCAAACAGCACAGUAGACCUACUGUAGUUUUAGAGAUUAGACAAGAAACCACACGUGGAGAAAGUAUCAAAUGCAGUAUUAUGAAUCUUCUUUGUGACUGUAGUGUGUCAUUUCGUGCUUGCUAUAGCUUUUGGACACGAUUACCAUAUGAUUACAUAGUUACACAUCUAAUUCCAGCUAAACUAUCAAAAAAUAAACAGACUGCUUAGAGCUACUUAUCUCAUCUGCCCUCGACUGCCAGCGAUCCGGAUUAAUUUGAAGAAGGUUUUGCACUGAAAGACAUCAAAUUUGAAAAAUAAAAUUGCACAGUGAGUCAUUUCUGAAAAAUGAUGAUUGUUGUUUGGAAAGCUGAAGGUUUAACGCUGUAUUUAGGGACAUAUUUAUGGAUGUAUUAUGGAUGAGUGUUGCUGAGCAGAUUAAAUGUGAAAUAUUUUGAUAAAGAUAGUGAAACAGUGUCAUAUGCUUGGUGUGAUGAUGAUGAUGUUCAGUCGCUGCGUGCAAAGCCUUUGUCUAGUCUAUGUUUCCCAAAGCCUUGCAGUGAAGGAAGGAGGUAAGUAAAUAGAGAAUUGGAUUUAUUUCUUAGGUAAAUACAGACUCUCUGCAAUCUGAAGCAGGUGUUGCAUGCUUUACAACUGGGACAAUACAGUAUACACAUAGGUUUCAGUAGAAAUCCCAUCCUUUGCGCUCAAUUAGCUUACAUUUAUCUUAUGUUUAGGCAUGUUGUCUUGAAGAUGAGUGUUUAAUCUGUCUGACAUUGAGGCAGUUUGCUUCUGAAACUGAUUCCAGAGUAAUAUUUAACCCUGCCUUCACUGUUGCCAUAAUUCAAAGUGCCUGAAAGACUGUUCUGUCUUUAAAGACUGUUCUGUUAGUUUAUUCAUGGAGAAAUAAAUUUAUUUGAAUCCUCUGA